CCAACCUUCUUGAAAAUUUUCAGCAACAAAAGUCUAUGAUCACAUUACUUUUCUACUUCAUUGUAUCUAUAUAGAUGUUCUCAUAUAUCUUAUCCCCAAAUACACUAGCCUAAGAUAGUAAAACAAACAAUGAGCUGGUGGUGGUCCGGUGCAGUUGGCGCUGCAAGGAAAACUCUCAAUCAAGAUAAGGUUCCGUCAAGCUAUGAAAGUGUGGCCUUAGUUGUGGGCAUCACAGGCAUUGUUGGCAACAGUUUGGCUGAGAUUCUCCCUCUCCCUGACACCCCGGGAGGCCCCUGGAAAGUCUAUGGCGUUGCUCGUCGUCCAAGACCACCAUGGGAUGCGAACCACCCUGUUGAGUACAUCCAGUGUGACAUUUCCAAUCCUGAGGAAACUCAAUCCAGCCUCUCCCGCCUCAACGACGUCACUCACCUCUUUUAUGUCACUUGGGCUAGUAGAUCCACUGAGGCUGAAAAUUGCGAAAUCAACAGUAAAAUGUUUAGAAAUGUGUUGAAUUGCAUUAUUCCAAAUGCACCAAAGCUGCAACAUAUAUGUUUGCAAACUGGCAAAAAGCAUUACUUCGGGUCUUUUGAGGCAUCCGGGAUAGCAGCACAUGAUCCUCCAUAUAGCGAAGAUCUUCCAAGGCUAGAAUCUCCAAAUUUUUACUAUAAUCUUGAAGACAUCUUGUUUGAGGAAGUAAAGAAAAAAGAUGGUUUAACUUGGUCAGUCCAUAGGCCUGGAACUAUAUUUGGUUUUUCGCCUCACAGUAUGAUGAAUAUGAUCUGUACUCUCAGUGUUUACGCUGCAAUAUGCAAACAUGAGGGUACGGUUCUGAGGUUUCCAGGGACUAAGGAAGCUUGGAGUCUGUAUUCAGAAGCUUCGGAUGCUGACUUGAUUGCGGAGCAAGAGAUAUGGGCUGCAGUGGAUCCAUACGCCAAGAAUGAAGCGUUUAAUUGCAGUAAUGGCGACGUGUUCAAGUGGAAGCAUUUCUGGAAGGUGCUGGCCGAGCAAUUUGAAGUGGAAUGCGGAGAAUUUGAGGGCGAUGAGAGGUUGACAUUAGUAGAGCUGAUGAAGGAUAAAGAGAGUGUUUGGGAUGAGAUAGUUAAAGAGUAUAAUUUGGUGCCUACUAAACUAGAAGACAUUGGAGUGUGGUGGUUUGUUGAUUACAUACUUGGCAUUGAGUAUCCUCUAGAUACUAUGAACAAGAGCAAGGAGCAUGGAUUCUUGGGUUUUAGGAACUCUAAAUCCUCAUUCAUUCAUUGGAUAGAUAAGCUUAAAGAUUCCAAAAUCGUUCCUUAGUUAGAACUAUCUUCUGGUGUUUUUCAUGUUCAAUGUGUUUGGUUUUGUUCUUGUGUUUGAGAUUUCUGGUUGUUUUGAAUAAACUACUCCCUCCGUUUCAAUUUA